AUGACUACUACAACAGAAUUGUACCCUCUCACCAGAACCCUAACGGACAUGCUUGACGAUGAGCUGUUACACAUGUCCGCUAACAUGGGCCAGGACAACGCAAAUACCCCCAAAAAUUGGAAAAAUAGGUCUUUGGAGGACUUGCUGGCAGGAUGCAAGCCUAUGAAUGCUUCGCUGUACGACACAGAAGAGCGCAAACAGUCGAUGUUCAACAAAUACGCGGAUCCUUCGCUCACCACAAUGUCGUUCCAGAAGCCGGCCACGGGACCUCCAUCUUCAAUUACACCCGUCCAGGCAACCGUUUCGCUCAACAAAGUGAUGAAUGUCAAUCCCUUUGUAGCCCGUUUGCCCAGUACGGCCACACCGGAGGUUCGUAUAUCUUCACCUGCGUUGUUCCAGGGCGAAGACGAAGAUAUGAUGAUGAUGACAGACGGGCCGGAAAGUUUCCCACCAGACCUUUACGAUGACUACAAUGGACCACAAAAGGUGCUUAGCUGGCCACUGCAGGACUCUGCUACGCUUUCUCUAGAUGCAAUGUCUCUGUUUGAUCGUGAGUUUGGUAACGACUUUAGCGACGAAGAAGAAGAGGAAGAAGAAGACGAAGACGACGAGUGCGAUGUCAAUUGCAGUGGACAAGACUGCAUUCACAGCCAUCAUUACGCGUUGCCUCUACCAGACGACAAUAUGGAAGCAUUUCCUCAAAGUAUAAAUCCAGACGACGACUCACUCAUCUUUGAUAGAAGCAGGCCUGGCGCCAAGUUUGUCGAUGACCACCACGAUGACGAUGCUAUAAUAGAAGAUGAUGAAAGCGAGGACGAAAACGUGGCGAAUCUUCUGAGCAGCGAUGGGACAAAUUCUGAGAAUAUCGACGGACGCAUGUUAAGUCAAGAUCACCGAAAAAGUAGCAUGGUAUGUCUCGACGAACAGCGCCAGAGCGAAUCGUCAGGAACGCUUAUAUCUCGCGAAUCUUCUUUGCCUGCAGAAGCGGCUCAUCUAUCCAGCUCCUCCUUCAACAUUCAAAGUCCAUCGCCUGUUCCUUCUCUCCCGGCCGUUGGCAAAAUGAAGAAAUAUCCAGGGAGACGAAAGUCAUCCACUACAUCUCCAUUGGUUCCAACUUUGAAGAAAAAAUCAUCACCUUUAACCGCACUUUCAAGCGUUAGUUCUAACGGGGUGCAAGAGGUCCAUACAUGCGACCUCACAAACCCGAUAACUAAUGACGUGUGUGGUAAGAAGUUUUCAAGACCUUACGAUUUAAUUCGACAUCAAAAGACUAUCCACGCUAGUAAGAAAAAGGUCUUCCGCUGUAUAAUAUGCAUACAACAGCAGGGUGCGGAGGGGUACGAAAAAACGUUUUCUCGUGGUGAUGCGUUAAGUCGACAUAUUAAGGUUAAACAUGACCUAACAGGUCCGGAAGCUCAGAAAGCUCUCCAGUUUGCUAAGGAAAACGUAGAAUACGCAGGUGCUUAG